AUGCGUUUCGCCGUUGUCGCUCUCUUCUUUGCCGCCUCCGCUUCGGCCGCGACCCUGAACCUCAGCAAGCGCGACUACCCCAGCUGCGCCAACACCUGCCUCGUAAACCCCGACCUCGGCGGUUGCGACAGUGCUUCGGACCUCACCUGCGUCUGCCAUUCGCAGACCUUCAUCGACAGCACGAGCGCCUGCAUCGCCAAGGCCUGCUCCGGUUCCGACCUCGACCAGGCAAACGAGACUGCCCGCGACGCCUGCCUCGCCGUAGGCGUCACUAUCACCGCUGUGUCCAGCUCGGCGGCUGCUGGCUCUAGCACGGCUGCCUCCGCGAGCGCGAGCGCUACGGCGCCCGCCUCCUCUGGGGCUUCGUCCGCCUCGGGCUCGGCCAGCGCUGCUGCUGCGUCCUCUACGACCGCAUCCAGCGCCGCAUCUGCCAACGGUGCCAACCUCCUCAUGGGUGGCGCAGCCGUCCUCGGCGCCAUCCUCGCCCUCUAA